AGUUACAAUCAUAUAUGGCACACGAGUUUAUCGACUGACAUUUAUUAGAUUAUGUACCAAUAUGAUUAUGUGUCCUGGAGCAAUAUUCGGUGUUUGAGGAAUAUUUGUAGUACCAGCCUUCUCGCGCUGGUUUCGAACAAGGAACGCCUGACAGAGAGGCUCUAUUUUAAGUCAAAUGUGUGUUCGGUUGUUGUUCUAUAAUUUGUAAAAAUGGAAAUGGCUUCUAAAUUAUCGAAGAUUAUGGAAAGUUACCGUGGGAGAGAUAAAGUUAUACGACUGCUGUGCUAUUCUGGUAUGCUAUCUGGUGGGUUACUGAGCGAAGUUUACAAAGAAGACAAACUCAGUCGUAGCUUGUUGAUCUUCGCUGGUCGCUUGGCUGAAUGCAGGACUAUGUUGAGAUUAUUCGACGAUUUGUCCAUGUUUUUUCACGUCAAGAAGUAUGGACUGGGUUUAAAGGAUGAUUUAGUGUUGCGGGUCACAAAGAUAUUAAGUAACACAGCUAUCCAGAUUUUUUACCCAGUGGAGCACAUAGCGUGGGCUCGUGACAACAAGAUCAUCCAUGGUGACUCGGCAAGACUCUAUGCAUUGAGUGUUUAUUGCUGGCUUGUCUCUCUCUGUCUGGAUGCACUACAGUCUGUAUGGUCACUACUACAAGAGAGAAAUAAAUAUUCUCAACAUAAAAAUGGCCAGCCUGCAAAGAGUAAGGCCAAGCUUAUUUGGUAUCAGUCGAAACGGUUGGAACUGCUAAUUUCAAUAGUUGGUAGUCUUGCUGAUGCAGUGAAUGCUGUUCAUUGGUCUUGCCCUGGGUUUCUAUGGGCUGGAUGCCUGCCGAAAUCUGCCAUUGGACUGUUUGGGACCAUUUCAUCAGUCUGUCUGAUGUAUAAUUAUCUUUAUCCCGCCAAGCCAAGCCCACACCAAAAGGAAGACUGAACAAAACAAUGCAGAAAUAUAAAGCAAGGAGGGUUUAGAUAGUUCAAUGUUACAACCAAACUGAUGACCUGAGUGUUACCAUAAGAUCCCUUACAAAUGGAUAAAAAUAGCUUCAACCCUUCUUUUGGCUGAGCGCCUUGUCAGUUAAUGACGUCACUUUGAUUUGCUGCUCGCCUUGAAGUAGACUCAGGAUCGGCAAAUUGAUGUGUCUAUGGGCUGUUAUUCAAGCAUUUCACCAUUAAAUCAGUCAGUAUAGCACGAAUCCACACAUAUCUCACUGCUACUGAGAUUAUUUACUUCAACUGAGCCUGGUUUUAGUAGAUUCUUAAAGUGCAAGAGUAAAUUUAACAUAUUUUGUAAGUUGUCUUGGAGCAACACAAAGUCUAAUCUGUGAAGUAUUUGUUGUUUACUGCCACGGCUAGAUUUAUCUUGUAUAUCGAGUGAUCAAGAGACCAUGGUCUCUUGGAGUGAUCUCAUUAUAGUUUAGAAUAUUUGUAAUUCAAUAAUUAUGCUCAUAUUUGAAUAGUUAAAGUCGUGAUAUUUGACUUUGGGAAAGAAAAGUCCUAGUGUUUAGCCAGGCGUCAGGGACAGCUAAUUGCAGAGAAAGUUUGAGAACAGAGGGCUGUCACAAGACGCAUGGGGAUGAGGCUAGGAUAAAAUUAUAUUAUACAGAUAAAAUUGGGUUAGAAUAUCAAGAACUCUAAGACUAGGUAGUGGGUUGAAAUAAAAUGAUGUGAUUUUAUCUCAGCACAAUAGUUUGUCAGCAUAGUAAAUACCCGAAUCCUCUCAAUGAUUUUGCUAUGCUUGAUCAAGGUUCGUCAUGAUCAAGCAGUGUCUUAGCUACUGUAUACUUUUCCACUUGACUGGAGUUUAUAAAAGAGAUGCACUUCAUGUGACCAAACAAAGCAACAUCCAAAUCAGCAAAUUACAGAGGACUUUAUUUGGCUUUCUAAAUUGUACACAUUUAUUCCUAUACGGCUGCUUUCUCUAGACCAAUAUGGUGAGCAAAUGCCCAGACCAUAGAGAAGAGGCUACAGUCGAACAUCUAUUAACGGUCAGCCUACGGACGAAGCUAAGUGACCAAAGGUUGACCGCUCAAUAGGUUUCCUUAGUUACUGCAAAAAGUGAUCAAAAUGUGUAAAAACAAAAGACCUACAUUUUUUGCAAACAGAAUCACACACAUCAAAGGAAUUGUAUGAUAAGACUAAUAGCAAAAGGUUAUAGUCCUUAAAGGAAUAUAAGCAGUAAUAUAUAGAUUUAGGCACUGCCUAAAAGCGGAGUCUGCAUGGAUGCACUUUUUUUUAGCAAUACUUGUAGCAAAUUUAAGGAUAUAGGGGGUGCAAACUAGCUUUGUAGUAGUUUUAUUUUAUAUCCAUUUCCAAGUAAAUCCUGGUGUCUUGGGUACAUUACUAAUUUCUGCCAUGACCCCCACCCCCUGGGGUUUGACUCUCUAAAAAAGUGGAUGGGGUGAAGAUAAUCAUCUUUUAGGGUAUAAACUUUACCCAACUACUAUCCCUCAGGGGAUGUUUAAUGGUUAUUCUGAUACUGCUAUCCUUGAGGGGUAUCAAAUUAAUGAAUUUUUGUAUUCAAUAACAACUGAUAUAUUUACCUCCCUCCACUCCCCCAGGAAGACUACCCAGGAUUAUGAUGGAUGAAUGAAUUGAAUUGAGCACGAGAAUGACAAUAAAUACUUUUAUUAACAAA